GCCAUCCCGGAUGCGCAAGCUCAACUUGGAGCAACUUUAAGGUCUGAGCAGCCGCAGGCCCGCGCGGACCCAGAGGAAGAAGGGGGCCAACAAGAAGAUGCCUCGUCCCGGCCGCAACACGUACAGCGACCAGAAGCCGCCCUACUCGUACAUCUCGCUGACCGCCAUGGCCAUCCAGAGCUCGCCCGAGAAGAUGCUGCCGCUGAGCGAGAUCUACAAGUUCAUCAUGGACCGCUUCCCCUACUACCGGGAGAACACGCAGCGCUGGCAGAACAGCCUGCGCCACAACCUCUCCUUCAACGACUGCUUCAUCAAGAUCCCGCGGCGGCCGGACCAGCCGGGCAAGGGCAGCUUCUGGGCGCUGCACCCCAGCUGCGGGGACAUGUUCGAGAACGGCAGCUUCCUGCGGCGCCGCAAGCGCUUCAAGGUCCUGAAGUCGGACCACCUGACCCUGCCGCAGAUGCCCGCCGCCGCCUACAACCUGGGCGGCGUGGCGCAGCCCUCGGGCUUCAAGCACCCCUUCGCCAUCGAGAACAUCAUCGCCCGCGAGUACAAGAUGCCCGGGGGGCUGGCCUUCUCCGCCAUGCAGCCCGUCCCCGCCGCCUACCCGCUCCCCAACCAGUUGACUACCAUGGGCAGCUCGCUGGGCACCGGCUGGCCACACGUGUACGGUUCCGCCGGCAUGAUCGACCCGGCCACCCCCAUCUCCAUGCCCGCGCCCAUCCCCGCCUUGCUCUCGAACUCGCCCCCCUCCCUCAGCCCCACGUCCUCGCAGACAGCCACCAGCCAAAGCAGCCCCGCCACUCCCAGCGAGACGCUCACCAGCCCCGCCUCGGCCUUGCACUCGGUGGCGGUGCACUGACCCCGCGGCGCCGGCGCCCCCUCGGGUUCUCCAUCCCGCUAGCGCCCUCGCAGUACCUGGCUCCUCGUCCUGCCCACCCGGACACGGGGCCGCCGCCCUACCGAGUCAACUCACUUUCAGCCAACCGUCUCUCCCCCGCGAGAACUUUGUUUUGGACCCGGAGACAAAACACAAACUUGCGGAGGGGCCUGGAGGCGCGUGGGAGUUGUUCUCGUCCUCACAAGAGGGGAAGGCAGGGGCACCUGAGCCUCGCUGUCCCAUCCCCGGGGCCCUGGAAACCCUCCCGUGUAAGAGGCAGGGGAAAUCCUGCCUCCCGCCUUCACCGAGAGGAGCGCGUCUUCCCUCCGCCAGCACUGGCGGGGCUCGAGCCUCCGCACAGUUUGUUCCAAGACCAGAGAAAACGGCUCGGAGGUGUCCUCGAACACAUCUCCCCUGAGGGCCGCCGCCUCCCAUCCGAGGGCCGGAUCUCUCUGUUCAAGUCUUGGAAAUCUACUACGAAGAGAGACCGCUCAUCUUCCUGCCCCGCUCGCCUCCGCCCAUCCGGCAGGGGCUGGGCGGACCGCAGCUUCCCGGGGUAGCGGGCCUGCCUCCUCGGCUUGCGCAGAAUUUUUUGCUUUGGGUUUUGUGUCCUGCCCGAGGCUCUGGGCGUUGGGAGUUAGGGGGAGAGGCUGCCGAGCUGGGGAGGGGACGCUUGUCUUGAACACAAGCAAAACAAAACUAAAUGUAACCUUGUAUUGUUUACAAAGCGCCCGGUAAAGUGUAAACAGUGGACUUGAAUUUGUAUUGCUUGGCGGGCGAGGGGGCCAAGCCCAUUUUACAAGUACCUGUUGUAAUGUGAAUGUUUACUCUUUAUUUCUGGCCAGGUUUAGGGGAGGGGAGAGGGGGAGGGGAGAGUUAAUUGGGAUGUUAACUUUCCGGUUACUUAGAUACCUUUAUAGCUAUUUAUUUUAUUGUUGGGAAGGGGGGGGGAAGAAAAUGAAGUAAGCCCAAACUAAGAAAGCAUCAAGGGCAACCCUAGAAGAACUGAGAUAAGCUGACUGGUUACUUGGAGGAAAUGCCACCGGAUAGAUCUCCCAGGGACAAGUCCUUCUGUUUGCUACAAGUUUUCCAAGAAGCUAAGGGCUGCAAG